AUGCAUGCCGAGUCGGCGCGUGCCGAAGCUGGUCCGUCCCCCAGCCGAGUUCCGCCUACCGAGGGUACCUCCUCCAAAGCUGCAGGCAAGAGGACGUUCACGGUGGACCUUGAUGCCGACCCCGCUCCAAAACGCGGGCGACAAACUGAGCCUGCUCGGGCCAUCUUCUCUGCCGAGGACGACGAGGCGCCUUCCGAAGCUGUUACUCUGGCCUUUCCUUCGAAGACGGUACAGUUUGUGAACCAUAUGAUCCUCGGUUCACAAAUGGAGUUGUCCGAGAUCGAGGACCUGCCGAAGAAGCUACUUUGGGAGGAGGCUGGUCGCGCCUUCCGUCUCCAAGCCUCGGCAUCAAUGGACAUGUGGCUCUGCGUUAAGCGAGCCAUUAAUGCCGCUGAGAAGGCGAAGAAGGCAUACGAAGACGGCAGAGCGAAGGUUGCCGAAGCUGGCAAGGCCAUCCAAGCCCAGGCAAACUUGGCCAAGGACAUGCAGGCUGCCGAACGACAGGUAAAGGUUUAUCAGGCCAAGCUUGGCGAGAUGUCGGCAGCUUUGGAGGCGGCGCAGCUGACGGCGAAGGAGGCUCUGGAGUCGAAGGAGGCGGUCCAGGUGGCCUUCGAGGAGUCCGAGCGGGCCAGGGCUUCCGAGAUCGAGGCUGCCGUUCAGGAGGCGGUUCAGGGCUACCGUCGGUCUACCGAGUUUUCUACCUUGCUGGACAAGGAGGUAGGCUCGGAAAUGGCGGACCUACUCUACCGUUUCAAGCGGUACAACCCCGGGAAGAAGCUCAACCUCAACUUGCCAUCCCCCCCCCCCCCCCCCCCCCCCCCCCUGAAGGCAUAA